AUGACUUGGCUGGUUGCUCUGCGUCUGGAGGACUUCAGUCAGUCACAGAGAGAAAAACGACAAACUGAACAGAACAGAAAUCCCGUGACCAGACUGAAGCUGGGGAAGCUAAAGGUGGUGCGGCGGCAGCUGCUGCAAAGGUAUGAACACCAGCCGUUUGUCUCCUGCCUCGCCGGCCUCUAUGGUUGCCAAUGGAGACGAUACCAAAGAGCCCGGGCACAGCCAGGAGAGUGCUGCUGCAGCAAGGUGGAGUGUGGCAGUUUUGGCCUCCUGAUCCUCACGUUCUUCCUGAGUUUUGUAUUCCUCUAUUUUUGGACUGAAGCUCAGAACGACUACCACGACUUUGACUGGUUUAACUUUGGGGCUCUGGGCUUCUGGUUCCCCUGGUCUCUGGUCCUGCUGGUUGUGGCCGCUACUCUCUUCACAUACAUAGCCCUGCUACUGGUGCUGGCCGUGUGUCUGCUUUCUGAGGGCCAGAGGCUUUACCUUCACUGGAGCCACAAGACUGGCAUCGUGUUGACGUUGGCCUUCUCCGUCACCGCCACCGCCAUCCUGUCUGACCUCUGGAGCAAAGAAUGGAAGACUCUGCUCCUCUCCCUGCAGGUGACGGCGCCCUUCCUCCACUUGGCUGCAGUCUCACUGAUGGCGAUUCUCUCCUGGCCAAUAGCGUUGCAUUUCUUCCGCAUGAACAAGAAAGUGCGUCAGGUGGCCAUCCUGGGUCUCUACCUGUCCAUCCUGUUCUGUCUCUACCUGGUCCCUUUGGGAAUGUACUCGCCCUGCAUUAAAGAGGCGGGAACGCUGGGACCUGCUCCAACGCUCAUCGGACACAGAGGAGCUCCGAUGCUUGCUCCAGAGAACACCAUGAUGUCUUUUGAGAAGGCAUUGGAAGCUGGAGGAGAAGGACUGCAGACUGAUGUCACCAUCAGUUACGACGGCGUUCCCUUCCUGAUGCACGACUCCACGCUGAGGAGAACCACUAACGUCGAAGAGGUUUUCCCCAACCGAACGCACCUCGACGCCUCCUUGUUCACCUGGGCCGAGCUGCAGCAGCUGAACGCCGGCGACUGGUUCCUAUUGAGGGAUCCAUUCGGUACGGUGUCGUCUCUGUCAGAGGCGGACCGCUCCCACGCACAGAACCAGUCCGUUCCCUCGCUGGCCCAGUUCCUAGAGGUGGCUGCUCGUAGUGGCAGACUGGUGCUGUUUGACCUGCGCAGGCCACCGUACGGACAUCCCUACAGUCAGUCGUACAUUAACGUCACUCUGCAGGUGGUGCAGGAACACAUCAACUCAUCUCAGGUGCUGUGGCUGCCGUCUGAGGACAGGGAGAUAGUUCAGGCCGUGGAUCCGGAGCUGCAGCAGACGUCCGGAGAAAAAGCUUCAAUUCAGGAGCUGACAGACAACCACAUCUCCAGACUGAACCUGCACUACAGCUCCAUGUCACAGCAGCAGAUCAGUAAGUACCGCUCAGUGAACAUCAGCACUAACCUGUAUGUGAUCAACCAGCCCUGGCUCUACACACUGGCCUGGUGCUGCGGCGCUCAGUCUGUCACCACCAACUCCAUCCACAUCCUGUCCAACAUCGACCAGCCGCUCUUCCUCAUGUCUCCAGAGGAAUACACUCUGAUGUGGAUCCUGACUGAUGUCGUAUCUGCCUUCCUCAUCAUCGCCAUUUUCAUUUUCCACUGGUGGAGAGAGAGAGGCCUGCCCUUCUGGUCUGGCAGCCGUCAGACUCACGAGAACGGACCGUACAGCAAGUUCAGGACAGAGUUGAGCGACGUGUGGUCCGUCUCCAGCGUCAAUGUGCGACCAGACCUACGGAGCUCGCCCAGUUCACCCAGUGCUCCUCACCUGCCCACCAUCACAGAGGAGUGA